GGGGCCUUCCCAGGCUGACGUCCUUCGAGCCGUACCUGAGUAUAAAGAGUGAGGGAGAAUUGCAGCCAAGAAACUCUCAGAAGCUGUUUCCAGUGACUGCUGGGAUCCCAAGGCUGGCUUUAUUCUGCAACUGCUAUAACUUGCUGCUAAAAAGAGAAAAGGACAGUUGGACCCAGCUCCCAGUGGCUAAUUACAUUGGAGAAUUAAAUACAAUUACCGUGUUCUCAAUGUGAAACUGGAUUGAAUUCUUUUUUUAAAACACAACUGAAUGAUUUAUUUUAUUUUUUAAUUUUUUUUUUUUUUUUAAAAACACACACACAGUGGUAAUGUUGCAAACAGUCUGCAUUAGUCCUGAACUACUGAUCAAUCAAAACAUCAGUGAAAAUGAAAUCUGUGGCUAUAGUCCAGACCAGGGAUCUCCACUGCCUGGAGAAACUGCCAGUCCCAAAAGCUGUUUUCAACAGAGCCCAUCGUUGCCAGACUCUGGAUCAACUGAAUUUAAUGUUGCAGGUCCCAAGAUCUACCCUCCUCCUUCACGUAAACCUCAAGAGAUGUCUGCUCCCACUGGAAGCCUCAUUAACGAAGAUGGUAACCAAAGGUUCCUCAGGAAGAACAGAAAAGAGAAGAGUUCACCCUUAUACAGAGAAGCAGCUUAGACAGAGCAAGCAGAGCAUUGAGCAAACGCUAAAAGGCUUAGAGGACCUUGAUAUCCUAGUGGAGGUACUGCAGGAAGAUUUGAACAAAAGCCAGCUGAAGAAGGAGUCUCUGCAUUCUGUGCCAGAUGGCUGUUGGCAGGGCUUCUCCACAGAUCUGCAAGCCUCUCGGGGGGAAACUGGAGGAAGCAAGCAGGCAGCUCUUGGCCUCCAGGAAAGACGCCACAGCUUAACCAAGUUGCGUUCAUACUGUUGUUUUAAAGAUUUCAACUCAGUAUUGCGGGGAGAGGUAGAAACUUCUUUUUACGAUGAUCAGAACAACAUGCAGGAGUCCAGCUCACCAGGAAUGUUUUCAAGGACAAGCGAGAAAGAGAGUAGCUGGUGGAUACAGGAUGCGUGCGCAAGCACCCAGGAAGAUUUCCCAAAGCGUUCUUCACAGGACACAUCUCCACACUUUAAUCCAUCAGGAGGCUGUUCAGAGGCGCUUCUGGAAGCUAAUACAGGCUCUCCAGACACUGAGGGACGUUUGAAGUCAACCCCAAUUUCUUUCACACAGCAGGACCUCUCUGCCAUCUCUUUCUUUCAGUUCCAGCUACACAGGGAAGAAAGUUUACUGAGAAAUAUCCCAGCGGAUAAACUGCUUGCACCUGAUGAAAAUGGCAACAGGCUGCUGCACAAGGCUGUUGCUCAGGGAAGAAGAGCUCUGACUUACGCACUUGCACAGAGAUUUGCAUCCCUAAAUAAGAUCGAUGAGAAGGAUGCAGAGAAACGGACUGCAUUACAUCUCGCUGCAGAAAAGAACCAGCAUCUGAUGGUGAGCGACCUGAUAUCUCUCGGAGCUAAUGUCAAUGAACAGGACAGGUUGGGGAAAACUCCGCUCCACCUGUGUGCAGAGAAUGGAUAUUUGAGAGUUUUAGAGGUUUUGAAAAAUUGCAAAAAAAAUGGCGUGUGUGUGGAAGUGAACCUGACUGACCAUCAUGGUUUAACACCGCUACAUGGUGCUGCUCUCGCCCACACUGUCUUAGUUAUGGAAUCUCAAAAGACUGACAUCAAUACUGACAUGGGAAGGUUUCUCAGACUACGCAAAGAUCAAAUUCUUGAAGGAAUUAACUGCUUGUUACAAAUGGGAGGAAAGCCUGAGUUGCAGGUACUACAUUCAUGUCAAAUUACCACUACCUAUUUAAAAAUGGAGGAGAACACAGAACUCAUGUGUUUGCUUCAGACUUAUAAACCUAAGGGACAGAACGUUCUUCAAGAGAGUUACAGUUUGCUGGAUGCUCCAAGGAGAAUGCCAGGUCCCUCACCACCAGAUAACUUCCCUGAACUUUUUCCCACAUCAUCUUCAGAUCUCUUUGACAUCGUUCUUAAAGGUAUCUCAUGGUAGGAAAUUGAUUUUGCCUAGUCAGGGUCUUUGUAACUCGACAGCUGUAACGUAGCAGCUAGCUCCAGUACCUUCCCUGCCUUGCCGUGUAACAAUUAAUCACGUGGAACUGAUGGAAAAGAUGCCCGGUGACAUAUAAGAGACUUCAGAUUAACUCCAGAGCUCUGCACAGAAUUUCUUUUGCUUGUGAAACUCCUUACUCAUACAAAACGAAGUAGAAAGUAGGGAAAUAAAUAUAUGGCAUUAGAAGGAACACUUAGCAUGUAGAUUGAGCUGAAUAUCUGUUGGUUUAUUGCCUUGCAGGGAAACGCUGAUAGGAGUCAUUACCUGCACCUCACAGUCCGUGCGCUACAGCUGCUGCUGAAGAAUAGACAGAGAACAGACAGUAAAAGUCUUCAAAUGUAUUAUAGCUUGAACUGACUGUUGAAAAUAUCUCCUCAGUACCCAGAAUUGAAUAGUAAACUAAUAAAUGGGGGGAAAAAAACCACGCCAGGUUUCAACAGUAUUAGGCAUUUGGGUUUAGAUGCUCCAGAAAAUUAAUAGCUCUUAAUUUUCUCACAAAACUGAGCACUUGUACUUCUGUUUGGAAGUCCAUUUGAGUUGUAGGUGUUCUACAUUCUGAAACUCUGACAAUUUUUAAAUGCAGGUGCCUAGUUUGAUAAAAAAACCCUUAGAUUUUAGCCUUUCAGAGCCUAGCCUUGAGGGUAUCAGCGUAAGAUUAGUCUCUAUAGUCUGAACUCAAUGUUCAAAUGUCCUGAAAAUCAUAGGCAAUAUAAGAUUUUAAGCAUGAGCUAUGGGAACUCAGAAUCUGAUGGGCUAUAUUUAACACUUUCUCCAGUCUGGCUCUGAAUUUGUCCAAGGCUGGAGUUGUCACGCUUUAACACGGUCCCAUUGGAAAAAAAUUCCCCCAAAAUAAAACAUACCCACGCACUGUUACUGAGCAUGUUUUUUCAACAAAAAAAAAAAAUCAAGCUCUUUAUUUGUGCAAUCAGAAUUUGCCACCAAUAAUAGAAUGUAGGUGAAGUCUGGGACAGAAAGUGUUUUGAAUUAUUUCCUUUCACUGUGGGUGAUCUAAGAGAGGACAAUAUCUUUAUAAAAUUUAAGUAUAUAACAACACUUUACAAGGAUCCUUUUUUUAUACUAAGCAAUUAUGCAAGUUAGAAGGAUAACAAGGAGCUUAAAUUAUUCUCUGCUGUCAGAUAUCCAAGUAUUCAGAAGAAUUCCUAUAAUUGUUUAAAAAAAAAAAAAUUCUCUUCCCAGACUUCUUAUCCUUUUAUUCUAACUUCUGAUUGUGAAUUAGCUGGUUUCUGUGAAACUUCCCUGUUUGCUACAUGUGGAGCAAUCUACAUUUACAUAACCUACAAAAUGAGUGAUCCAGCAGCUCGCGUACAUACCUCCUAUUGAAAUGAACGGGGGGGGUUUCACGUGUAACCAUUGCAGGAUCCAGUAUUAAGUACUCAGCACGUUUGGGGAAUAUUUUUUUAAUGAUCCCUUUGUAUUUUCUUCUUGUAAAAAAGGUUAUUUCCCUCUUAUUGGAUAUCCUUAAGUGUUAAGCUCCAAGAGCUAUGUCGUACAACAUGAGUUAAGUUUUAUUGAAAAAUGACAGUGUUUAAGUUAAUGCCACUGGGAUUUGGGUCAUAUCCUAUGUUUCUUGUGCCCCGAGCGGCUAAAUGGUACUCUUCUGUAUUUUCUCUAGUUUGAAUGAGACAUGAUAUUUUGAAAUUCUUAAGUAUUUUAUUGGAAAAAAUAACCUGUUAUUCACAUGAUGAGUUGUAUAACACUACAGAAUAUUCUGUAUUAACAGUUUUAAACUGAAAGAGGGUAGAUUUAGAUUAGAUAUAAGGAAAAAAAAUUUUCACUGAGGGUGGUGAACACAGUUGCCCACAGCUGCAACUGGGCACAGGGUGCCCAGAGAAGCUGUGGCUGCCCCUGGCUCCCUGGCAGGGUUCAAGGCCAGGCUGGAUGGGGCUUUGGGCAACCUGGGCUGGUGGAGGGUGUCCCUGCCCAUGGCAGGGGGUUGGGACUAGGUGGGCUUUGAGGUCCCUUCCAACCCAAACCAGUCUAUGAUUCUGUUCAUCCCCCUGCUUCCAUAGGUGUCCCUCAUGUUUUAAUCACGUGAAGUCUUUUCUUUUUCCCUUAUUGUCCCAGGUUUUACUUGGAAAUACAAAUAUUUUCCUCUCCGAUGACUUUUCUCUCUCUUCCCUGCCACCACUCAUUCUUCUUUCAUGUUUGCAUUUUAACUCACGUCUGUGCUCACAGAAUUUUUUAUUCAUUUGAAGAGAAUUAAUGAGAAUUUUCUAGGUUACUCAACUUCCAUUUGUGUGAUUUAAGGAUCACACCUAACACCCAUUGAAAUUAAAGACUCCUUAUUUUCAGUGAAAACUGACCAAGAAAUUCUGCACCACAUACAGAACCAAGAAUGCAGCCGUAUGGUAAACAAGUACAGAAGUGCAUCAAUAAGUAUUUUCAGUGAAGAAAAACGAAUUUGCUUACAGGACGUCUUAAAAAAAAGUGUAGAAAACUAUCGCAUACAAUAUUAAUCAAGUUUUUAGUCACAUGAAAACCAUUCAGGUGAAACGACAGGAAUCUUAAGCUAUUAGUAUGUAUUACCAUAUACUCAAAGCUGAGCUAGCUUGUAAAGUAUAUUCUAUAACAGUUAUAUAUAAACCGCAUUGACAUUAGUAGGUAUGCUUUACCUUGUUUCGUUGUUCCUUCCUGUCAAUAAAUAUAUUA